AUGCUCAAAAGAUAUGUAAAGUGUAGAAUAUGUCUUCUGGACAUGAAAACGAAGUUAUACACUAGAAGUAGUGAUAGUGUGGCGUUUAGGUAUUAUAAUAGAAGUUGUAAUGACUUUUCUAAGUAUGUUUCAAUACACACCAAGUCACUACUAUCAAAAUUCACUGUACCUCUGAGAGACUUUUUAUUAGUGGCUUGUAAAUGGUUUAAUAACCAUACUCAUGUAUAG